AUGUUCGCUCGUGCCUCUUUCAUUGCUCUUGCUCUACCCGUCUUCGUUGCUGCCACUGCGGUCCCUCGUCAGGAUGCUCCUUCCAACCAGUGCAACACCGGCACUUUGCAAUGCUGCAGCUCCGUCCAGAGUGCCACCUCUAGCCCAGUUCAAUCCCUCCUCGGUCUUUUGGGCAUCGCCCUUGGAUCUGUCACGGGGGAGGUUGGACUCACUUGCAACCCAAUUACCGUCCUUGGUGUUGCCGGAAACUCCUGCAGCGCUCAACCCGCCUGCUGCACUGACACUCAAUUCAACGGUCUCGUUAGCCUUGGAUGCACUCCAGUCAACCUGAACUUGUAA